CGGGCCGGGCUAACGGUUCCGGACGCCCGCCGACGCCGCGCGGCCCACGUGCGCCAUCGCGCCCGCCUCCCGCGCGGGGCGGCCUGUGCGUUUUGAUCGCACCCUUCCCUAUGCCCGGCGAGAUGCGGGGCGGCUGCGAGGCCGGAGGAGGAGAGAGGUGCGGAAUCGUCCUUGGAGAGACGAUGGAGGGGGAGAAGCGGCCGGCGCCCUCCGAGGGCCUGUUUGCGGACGGGCACCUGGUCCUGUGGACGCUGUGCUCGGUGCUGCUGCCCGUGUUCAUCACCUUCUGGUGCAGCCUCCAGCGGUCGCGCCGGCAGCUGCACCGCAGGGACAUCUUCCGCAAAAGCAAGCACGGGUGGCGCGACACGGACCUGUUCAGCCAGCCCACCUACUGCUGCGUGUGCGCGCAGCACAUUCUGCAGGGGGCCUUCUGCGACUGCUGCGGGCUCUGCGUGGACGAGGGCUGCCUCAAGAACGCCGACAGGCGCUUCCAGUGCAAGGAGAUCAUGCUCAAGAAUGAGGGCAGGGCCUUGGACGCCAUGCCCCACCACUGGAUCCGGGGCAACGUGCCCCUGUGCAGCUACUGUGUGGUUUGCAAGCAGCAGUGCGGCACUCAGCCCAAGCUCUGCGAUUACAGGUGCAUUUGGUGUCAGAAAACAGUACAUGAUGAGUGCAUGAAAAAUAGCUUAAGGAAUGAAGAGUGUGAUUUUGGAGAAUUCAAAAACCUCAUCAUCCCACCAAGUUAUUUAACCUCUAUUAAUCAGAUGCGUAAAGACAAAAAAACAGAUUACGCACUGCUAGCCUCUAAGCUUGGAAAGCAAUGGGCUCCUUUAAUAAUCCUGGCCAACUCUCGUAGUGGAACUAACAUGGGAGAAGGACUGUUGGGAGAAUUUAGGAUCCUCCUGAAUCCAGUCCAGGUUUUUGAUGUAACUAAAACUCCUCCUAUCAAAGCCCUGCAGCUUUGUACUCUCCUUCCCUGUUACUCAGCUCGUGUGCUUGUGUGUGGAGGGGAUGGGACUGUGGGCUGGGUCCUGGAUGCAAUUGAUGAAAUGAAGAUUAAGGGACAAGAGGAAUACAUCCCGCAGGUUGCAGUGCUGCCUCUGGGGACAGGCAACGAUCUGUCCAACACGCUGGGCUGGGGAACAGGUUAUGCGGGAGAAAUCCCAGUGGCUCAAGUCUUAAGAAAUGUGAUGGAAGCAGAUGGAAUUAAACUCGAUAGGUGGAAAGUUCAAGUAACAAAUAAAGGAUACUACCACUUAAGGAAACCCAAGGAAUUCACGAUGAACAACUAUUUUUCUGUUGGACCUGAUGCUCUCAUGGCCCUCAAUUUUCAUGCUCAUCGUGAGAAGGCACCGUCUCUGUUUUCUAGCAGAAUUCUUAAUAAGGCUGUUUACUUAUUCUAUGGAACCAAAGAUUGCUUAGUGCAAGAAUGUAAAGAUUUGAAUAAAAAAGUUGAGCUAGAACUGGAUGGGGAGCGAGUAGAGCUGCCGAAUUUGGAAGGUAUUAUAGUUCUGAACAUCGGAUACUGGGGCGGUGGCUGCAGACUGUGGGAAGGGAUGGGAGAUGAGACCUACCCUCUAGCCAGGCAUGAUGAUGGUUUACUGGAGGUUGUUGGAGUGUAUGGGUCUUUCCACUGUGCUCAGAUUCAAGUGAAACUGGCAAAUCCCUUUCGAAUAGGGCAAGCACAUACAGUGCGGCUGAUUUUGAAGUGCUCGAUGAUGCCAAUGCAGGUGGAUGGGGAGCCGUGGGCCCAGGGGCCCUGCACUGUAACCAUAACUCACAAGACACACGCACUGAUGUUAUAUUUCUCUGGAGAGCAAACGGACGAUGACAUCUCUAGUGCUUCGGAUCAAGAGGACGUCAGGGAGGCUGAGUAGAUGGUGGGGAAAUGGACACUUAGGGCAGAUCCUCACGGACGAGUAGACACAUACUCAGCCAAAAGCGGAAGUUCUCAACUACUUAGUCCUAAUUUCACCAGUAGUACAAUGGGUAUACAUUUAUGUAAAUAGCAUUCCAAAAACAGCCAGACUUCCGGUUGUUUACAAAUGUUGGUUCUUUUUAAAAGCAGAACACUUUGAUGGGAGAGCACUAACUUUAGAAAGUCACAGAAUGUUCCAUGAAGGUGAGAUGUUUUCCAUGGCUUUCCAUUCGAGAGUGGACUCACUCUGAAGCAUUUGCUCUCGUUCCUCAUCCUUGAACCACACAUCUGAGGGACGCAUUGUACAGCCAGCAGGAUGGGGGUGGAAAAGUCAUUUCCAUGUUAAUUCUUAAUGUGGCGACACCAACAAGAUUUUAAAAAUUCACUUGCUUUUUUAAAAGGAGAUGGUUAGUGUCAAACCUCCUGCAGCUUGCCCCUUAAAAUUUCCUACAGCCCAGCACUGGGUGGAUCCCUAAGUAUCUAUUUCCAGGAAACCCUAAAAGGGGAAGUAUAAAGGCAAGACAGUACCCAAAAGUUUUAUUAUAAUUUUUAUUUUAGGAGCAUUUUCAGACCCCAAAUGUCAUCUGGUUAACCCUGUUAAUGCCAUGUUGAGCUGAAAUUUCAGCAUCUUGUUAUAACCCAGUACAGCCAAAAGAGAACCACAUAAUUGGUAAAAGUUAACAUUCAGAGCACUUUGGAUUGAAGCGCAUGGGUUCUGAGCUGGACAGUUCACCAACCUCUCUUUUGGUUAAAAGGUGGUGUCAAAAAUUCAAAAAAAUGUACUAAAGAAAAUUUAUUAGAUUAAUUGCUCAAAAAAAGUUCAGUAAUGACUGCUAAGUUUUAAAAAUUCACUGGUCUUCUAGUAUUUUGAAAUACAAUAGUGUUUUGUGUACAAACGACUUAACACACUUUCCCCUUGGGGAAGCAGACAGUCCUCUGCUAAAAUGUUUAUAUCAUAUUUAUUUUUAAAUUAAAGAUAUAUUUUUUUUACUUAUUUAUUUUCUUUAAUGUGGUAUACCUGUGUUUAGUGUUUACAAUAUAUGGCUUCAUUUAAUAAGUUAAAUGGGUCACAUAAAUUCUGUCACAGUCAGAUAGAAAUGUAGCCUAUUGACUAAGUAAUUAAAACUCAUAAUUCAAUUCUCCUGACAUAUAUUAUCCAGAUAUUCUCAUUCUUCGGAAAUAUUGCUCAAUGCUUUUGAAAGAGGGGGAAUGAAAGCACUGGCAGUCGACUUGUGGGUAACUGAAACUUUGUUUCAUUGUUUUACGUCACCCUCAGUUGCCAAAAACUCACCAAAGUCUGACAGUCAGCUCUGCGAGGCUUGUGUUGUUAACCAGCCUGCCCCUUAAGCAUCUAUUAUGAAUCUGUCAUCCAUGAAUUGCCAUCAACUUAAAUUUGAGUCACCUUCAGGCCUGUGCCAUGUUUUGAAGGAACAACUUAGUAGCGUAUACGGUAGUCAGUACAUUAUAUAAAAUACUUGUUUUUGCUUAAAUUAGCCUCUUCCAGAUCUCAGCAGGAGAUGCUAAAUUCUAGUGUUGAAAGGUUUCGUGAGCAGACAUGUUUUCUCCUUAUUCAUACAGCUUUCAUGGUAGGUAACCUGUUGCAGUGGUGGGAGAGUUCUGUAGAUUUUCUUUUAUCUGAUCAUGUUUUUAAUAUAAUGAGUUUUACUCUUUAAUUCAUGGUCAAAAUUGUUACACAUAGCACAUUUUAUAAAUACACUGUUAAAUUCACGUUGCUUUAGGCUGUAUCUUAUUUAUGAUUCACAGUGCUGGUUGUAUAAUCAAAGUAAAUAGUUACUUUGGGAUGUCAGAAUUAAAAUAAUCAAAAUAUCUAUAUAGUUUUUUGUAAUUGUUAAAACUAUAUUCUAACCAUAAUGUUACAUUAGAUUUAGAACAGGUUUGUAUACAACAUCCUCAUUUGUUUAAACAAAUUGAUUUUUCAAUUUUCAUAAUCCAGUGAGGUUUUUUCCUACUGAUCCUUCAUGAAGUUUUCUGUUUCAUUAUUCUCUCAGAUCUGAUUUUUGUUUCAGAAAGUUAUUUCAGAAUACCAAAUCAUAAAAUACCUUAUUGUAGCAAAUUCACUUAUUUUUUAGGCACAUUUCCCCAGCAUUUCAAAUAAAUGUGUAGGCAUAUGACUUGCCUUAAAUAAGUAUAAUUUACAAGACUCAUGUUUGCAAGUUAUACAUUAGGGUAGCAGUUGUUUACAUGCCCAGGAAUUCUACACGUUACAGAAAAUAAUUUGCCACAAGACUUUCCUGUUCCGUUUUAAAUUGUCUUGAUUUAAAAAAAAUAACUUCUACAUCCUCAGGAAGAACUGUAUGAAGUAAAGCCUAUCUCCAUGUCUGUUUUCAGAGUUCUCUCAUCUCUUACUGUCCUAACGCAUUCCUAACUCCUCGUCAGCCUAGUGGCUUAAAUGCUGAAUACCUGGCAGCUCUUACGGAUCCCACAAGUAGACAGUGAUCAUUUUCAGUGCUUUGUCAUGUUUAAUAGAAAUCAUACUGACUCAUGUCUUAAAAUACAGAUCAUCUAAUGGUAACAUUACAUGAUCUUAAAUGUGUUUUAGAUUUUCUGCUACAAUUAGCUAUGAACCCUAAAUGUAGCUAAUGUUUAUAAAAUUUUAUAGUCAAAAUUAUUUAUUUUUAUUUUUUUAGGGUGUGUCAAAAAUGUGUAGUAUUUGCUUUUUGAAAUGUUGCCUACUUGAGUUGUAAAAUAUACUGUGAUUCAGAAAUUGUAAAGUCCUUUUUGUGCUGUAAAAAUGAAUACUACCAGCAUGUCAAAAGAAAAACAGUUUGCAUUUGUAAUAUAAAGUAAAAUUGUAUUUAACGUAUAUUACGGGAUUUUAAAUUUGCACUAACUAGAAGACUUUAAAGGUUGUAUUAAUUUACAGAUUCAUGUGGAUCCGAAUACAUAAUUUGUACUUGUUCAGCCGAAAAGGUCAAUAGAAGAGGUGAUAGUUUGUGUGGUUUUCCCUCAAAAUGGUAAUACUGAAGCAAGAACCAGCACUUUAUAUUCAGAAUUUUCUUUUAAUUCUACCUAAUUUGGGACAAUGGCAUGUAGGUAGAUUUAUUUUUGUAAAAUAUCUAGAAAUUCAAAAGGAAAAAAUAGUGUUGUUAUUCUAUCCUAAUCUAAAUGAAGAUGUAUUCUCAGCAACAAGACAGAAGAGGUGGUUUUGGUUUUGCUUUUGCUUUUGCAAAGUAUGCCCCUGCUUUUCUCAAAUUUUCCCUUUCAGGCCCAUCUCCUGUUUCUCUCAGUGGGACUGCAGGCUUUCUGCAGCAUCAGAACCACCUGGGAGCUGGGGAGCAGUGCAGAUGCCUACACCCGGCCACCCCGACUUGAUGACUCAGUCUCUGGAGACGGGACAUAGGCAUCUCUGGUGUCAUUAACAAGCACCUCAGGCACUUCUGCUGCACACUGAGGUUUCACAGCUGCUGGUCUGUACCUCAUGUGUUCACCCAGGGCUUUCGCCCCAUGGAUACCAGGCAGAAAAGUGGAAUUAAUUGGAUGUUCUUGAAAUUGUUUUUCCUUCACUCCACUAACUACCCUCUUCUCCCCAAAUCUUUCUUCUAAAAGAAGCCUAUGAAAAAUUUGUUCGUAUCAUAUCCAAAUUGAUAUAUUUGUCUAAACUCUGUUGGAUACAAAUCAGUAGCUUCAGAUUCUUGCGUGGCACCGUAGGUUUUGAUCCAUGAUCCCUGGCCUGCUGGAGGACAAGCAGUGCUGCAGGGGCCGUGGAGUGGGCCCGCAGGGGCUGCUGCUUCCUCACUUGGGUCAGCGCAGCCCCACGCUGGGUGCUGCUUCAGAUAGGAUUUCAGUAGGUAAAAUACUUCCUCUUUGCAAAAUAAUAUUCCACUGUUUUUUUAAAGGGUUUGGAAGCCACUACUCUAAUGACUCUGUCACCUGGUUAAUUUUCUACUGAUUUUUACAUAUUGAGAAACCUCAUGUUUUUUGAUGGAAAGAAUAUUUUGAAGGUCUCCGUUGCUGCUUGGAAUAUGGCCGCUUGGCCAUUCACAAGUGUUAGAGGCAUUCUGUUGGAUAGUGAAGCACUGACUUAGCCUUGGUUCCUCCUAUUUCUGAUUUUAGUGAAGUAUAGGAAUGGUCUGUGUAUUUAGUAAAUACAUACACACACGUUUACCCCCAUGAACCUGACUGUGUAGUCGGUGCAUGAGGCUUGCUGGUGUCAAAAAGGUACAUUCCAAGGUUCUGGAGAAAGAAUCAAAAAAUGUCACCCUUUAAUACAGAAGUUCACAAAACUUAAAUGAUUGAGCUUAGUCACGGUGGAACUGUGUGCAGAAAAUCAGUCAGUCAGAAGCUACAAAUGUCAGUGUACUGCUGCUGUUAGACCUAGGACGCUUCCUCAGUCUGCGAGGAUGCCCUGCUGUUAAAGGAAAAGUGUCAGAGCGGAACGCACUUCACAGAAGGUGAACUGUAAUCUGGGAAAUCUCCAUCAGGGAGCACUUUGUGAUGCCGAUUUACCAUGUUGAAAAGAGAGCUGGAAAGUGAGGUUGCUUUCCUUGUUCCUCCAACAUGGUCUAGGCAGGAGGACGUCCUGAUUUGAUGAUGAGGCUGGGCUAUCUGUGAGCAAAUUCCUAAAGAAGGCAGGACGCUGGACUGGUGGGAUGACAGGGGCUCAGAAGAAGACUUGCUCUCAUUGCCCCGCUUCUGGGCUCUGCCAGCAGCCUUUCUCUCGGACUCCAUCUGCUUGAAUGAGCCCUACGGAUAAACUGGCGCUCGGGUUUGUAAUGGUCUCGUACAAACUUAGAGCAGCCUGAAUCCUUGGCCCUGAUCACUUGCAGGUGAACUGACUGAAUGCGAUCUGUGAACCCACAGUGUCGAGGACACUUGUGAUGGCUUCUCUGAAGCAGCCAGCUGGCCUCUUGCACUUUCUCCCCCACUCUGGCCACAGUUCUGUGUACCCACCACUCAAUUACCACGGGUUAACUGCUUUUGUUGUGUUUGGUCUGUAUUGUGGUCAGUGCCUACGGAAAUGUGAAUUAAAGCAUUUGAUAUGUUGAAGAUGUUUGCUUGGUUUUUAAUAAAAUUAAAAAUGCAGCACUUAAAAA